CGCAAUGGUAGGAUCCUGCUACUGUUUGCUCGCGCGCUUUCUCAAGGCGGGCGUGAACCGUCGAGGGGGGGCGCAGUUCCGUUUCGCGAGCAGGAAGUGAAGAGGAGCGAGAAGGCGGCGUCGGCGGCUUCUUUUGUCCUGUGAAGAGACGCGGCGGCCGUCCUGCGCCGUCAUGUCGCAUCGCCAGCGAAGCCCCCUUGGGGGCCGCACUCACAGUCGACCACCAGCUCGUUGGACUCAAGGAAGGAAACGUGGCGCAGAUGGCAAACACAGAAACACACAUGAUCCAGGCUUCUCCAGUAAUGAUGAUAAAAAUACAUGCAGUUUGUUAGAUAACAGGCCAGAUAGUUUCACAACCCCAGAAGGCCAUAGGUUCCGUUCACGAUGUUCAGACUGGGGGAGUGCAGUUGAAGAAGACGAAAUGAGGACUAAUGUUAAUAAAGAAAUGGCAAGAUACAAAAGAAAACUCUUGAUAAAUGAAUAUGGAAGAGAGAGAAAGCUGUCUACUGGAAGCUCUGACUCCAAGGAAUCCACAGCAGCAGUGGAAUUUGAGACAGAUGAAGCGGUUCUAAUGAGAAGACAAAAACAAAUAAAUUAUGGGAAAAACACACUGGCCUACGACAGAUAUAUUAGAGAAGUUCCAAGGUGUCUACGAGUUCCAGGGGUCCAUCCAAGGACUCCCAAUAAAUUUAAGAAGUAUAGCCGGAGAUCUUGGGACCAACAAAUCAGGCUAUGGAAAGUUGCACUGCAUUUUUGGGAUCCUCCUACUGAGAGAGGUCGUGACACGCAAGUAAUUCCUGUUGAUCUUGGUGAUAUGGAAACAGAAUCUGUAGGAAACAAAUCUUCUGGGUCAGAAGGAAGCUCUCAGGACAAUGAUGAAAACUGUACUGGAACACCCACCAAAAUGAGAAGCAUUGACCACCUAGUGGAAGAUGAAUAUGAACUGGAGGCAUGUUAGAUUUUGGCGUUUAUACUUCAUGCCUGUAAGCAUGCAUUCCGCAGGCUGCUUUUUGAGGAAGGAAUGUCUUAAUCAGAAGACAGACGGAUGUGAAAUGUUUUCUAACAGUCUGGAGAGCUGGAGUAUGGCAGCUCUGAAAUUGCAAUCAAUGUUUUCUCCUGACUAUUCUUUUUUUAAAGCAUAAAACUUGAGUUGUAGGUAAUUGCCUAAUUUUAUAUAUACACAGGAGAUAGCUUUAUAAGCGGUUUAAUUACAGUUCAGAAGAUUAAACCAUCCCAGAUAGUGUUUCCACACUUGAGCUUGCAAACAUGGCACAUUAGUAGGAAAACCAGCGUAAAUAUUUAGUUAUUGACUGAGAAAAUGAUAGGCGGGAAGGAGUAGUUCUCCAGACUGUCCUAUAAGUCAUACUACAUGAUACCAUGAGACAGUAGCAUUUUAUGACCUUCGAAUCUUUCCUUGCUUCAUAUAUUGAUCACCACUUGUGCAGUACAAGCAGGCUCCUUUCUUCGAGAUGAAGGGGUCUGACCCAGUUUCCAGGUCCACUUUAUGGUGGUAGCUCUUAAGUUUACUCUAAAUUGAUCUUGUAAAUAGUUGUGUGCAGAACGCCACUAACCUUUUAAGAAAAAUUAGUGAACAGAACUUGGAGACUGUUCACUUAUUUUUAUUCAUUCUUAAAUGUAAAACGACAGGAUUUUUACUAAAAUGAGCAGUUGCUGUUUUGUACGGGAUAAAGUAUAAAUAAAGCAAGUACAUCAGUA